UUUUUUAUUUAAGUAUGUUCCUCAAUGUGUUCCUAAAUGUUUUGUACUGUCGUUUACAUGUUACGUAACUCACGUUAUUGAUACGUUUAAUACGUUUUUGAUAACACGAAAUAAUUCAACUGAAACGAGGUAAGUGCCACAGAAUUAUAGAACGAUUAUUAUUUGUAAAAUAUUUUUUUCCCAAACUCCUGCACUUGCGUUGAUAAGCAUAUUUAUGCUCAAUGUUUCCCAACACCCAGAAGCUUCCAAGCAUUAGAAAUUCAAAUCAAUAUUUAACCCUAUUCAAUUAACUUAGGGCACAUCUAAAGAACGUUUUUACAUAGAAAAGGAGUAUAAAGGAUUGCAAAUGAGUCUCCCCCAACGGCCUCUUUAAUUAUUAGGGAAAUUGUUUGUCCAAAUUCCAAGGGCUACCUCUGCUCUAAUUACUUGGCUAAAGCUUCCUUUUAAACUGUGUAAUAAGAUUUUUUUGGAGUCUAUUAUAGUGAGUUGUUGGAGGUCUGAUUUCGGUUCUUAGAUUCCUGGUGUUCUCGGAUUACAUUCAAUUUAUUUUCUAUUCAAACUCUUUGGUUCGUUCUGACUAUUGUUUAAGUUUGGUCGUUUAGUUUGAAUGGAGCUUUCCGUGUUUUACUUGUUGCGCUUUUAAUUAAGAAUACUUUUUUGGUAUUUUUUUAUCUUUGAUGUAUACUAAGAAUCUGCAUGUAUUUGAAUUGCUUUAUUUAGUUUAGCAAUCUUUAAGUAAGUAAAAGUUCACUGAGCACUACAGUUAAAAUGAUUAAAAAUAUUUUUUUCCGUGCUACAAAACGUUGCUACUUAGCAAAAUUUCAGCGAAAACAAGCUAUUUCUAGAUAAACCUAAAAACAAAAUACUAUUUUAUAGCCAAACCUUGUGUUUUUAAGUCCAAUUUCCUGUCUGGACCACAAACUAAUUUUUUACCUUAAACUCUUAAACUUACACAACCUUAAACUCAAAAGCAACUCCAACAAGCCCGAAAAGUUUUAAAAAUCUCGCAAUACAUAAUAAAGAGAACAAUACUUAAACUUUUUCUCCUAAACUAAAUAUUCAAUACAGAAAGAAUUUUCUCGAAAAUAACCUCGAAUGAUUUUGUAAGUUUAGCAAUUCUGAGUCCUUGAGGACAGAUGUUGGCCGUAUGUGGGGCACUUAAGCAACUUUGAUUUUAGUACGAAGAAAAACAUUCCAAGUUUAACGAAAUGGACACCGGGCCCGGCUCCCGUGAUAAAACUUGCAGAAUUGGCUGAGAUAGUUCCUUAUAAAUAAGUGGGAGAUAAAUAAGAAAUCGGUUUCGGAACUGUGCUCUAAUAUUUACGGGAUAUUGAGUUUGGACUUGUGAUACUUUUUGUUAAGCUUAUUGGUUUACCUUUGGGAUGCCGAUUUCUAUUAGAAGUUAGCUUAUAUAGCACAAUCUUGUAGCUAAUUGAGAUAAUUUUGAAUAAUUUUAGCGAUUUUUUUAUUAUUGAAGUGGAAAUCAAGGUAACUUAGCUCGAUAGGAACGUAGGAAAAUGAAAUCUACUGUAAAUGAGGUUGAUACAUAUUUUGUUUAUUUGAAUAAGUAUUUGAUUAUAUUUUGAUUCCAUUACGUUAUUAAUUUGGUAUAACUUCUAACUAGCGAAAGAUUACAUUAACAAUAAUGUAAACAUUUCAGAAAACACGAACAAAAACUAAUUGGAUCAUUAAAAUUUCUUCGAAAAUCUUGAUAUUAAAAUAGACUAAAAAAAUCUCUAGAAUAAACAGUUUCCCGGAAAAACGGUUUUUUCGAUGAAAAACGCCCGCUCGGUACUAGGCGCCCAGCGUAGCUAGGAGGUAUCGUAGCGAGAUGCAGUAGAUAGUCGUAUGAAACUGAACUUCAGUAGCGCGUCGACCGCCGACGGUGACGGACGCCUUGCGUUCCGUUUGUACAACGUUGUCGUGUUUAUUUCGUGUGUUGUGUAGUGUCAGGGAUUAUUUUAUUAAGAGUGUUUAUUGUAAAUGUUUACUGAAAGAUGUUCCUAAUAACAAUUCCUAAAGUGUUGGUGCAGUAACUGUGACAUUAUGUUCGUUUAAUAUUAUAACAAUGAGUGAAAAAACUGUUAAGUGAAGAUAUGGCUUCGUACAAUCAUCAGGAAACGCAGUCGAGUCCAGCCAAAGAAGUACCUCGGACAUCAACAGCAAAAUGCAGUGGUGGAUCCCCACACCGAGAGCGGCGGCGUCGAGACGAGGACGGGACGACCCUGUCCGGGUUCAGCGCGGCCUUGCACCGAGCACCACCGCCGCCGCCGCCCGCGCUGCUGCGGCGACUCGGAGUCAAGGAACCUACUGGAGUUGGGAAGGUGAAAGUGAUGCUUCGUGUUGGGGCGUCCGGCGAGGGUCCUUUUACGAGUGGCACACAGACCUUCUCGAUGGACAAGCGCAAGAAGCAGGUCAGCCUGUGCGAGACGGCACCAGCGGCCAGCGCUCCCGAGGAUCGGAAGGUCGGAGUGGCCGCGCCUAAGAUGUUCGCCUUCGAUGCUAUAUUCUCGCAGGAUGAUGCUCAGACGGAGAUAUGUUCGAGUGCGCUGACUGACGUCAUCCACGCCGUCAUCAACGGCACUGAUGGCUGCCUCUUCUGCUUUGGACACGCAGGACUAGGUAAAUCCUACACGAUGUUGGGGCGGCCGGACACACCGACGUCUCUCGGCGCGAUACCGUGCGCCAUCACGUGGCUGUUCCGAGGGAUAGCUGAGCAGCGACACAAGUGCGGCACCAGGUUCUCCGUCAGGGUGUCAGCUGUGGAACUGUGCACCAACACCAACCAGAUCAGGGACUUGUUGGCACCGUAUCAAAAUGACACGGAACAAUCGCCUGGAGUAUAUCUUCGCGACGAUCCACUCUUUGGGACUCAUCUGCAGAAUCAAUCAGAACUUCGAGUGCACAGCGCUGAAAAGGCGGCAUUUUAUUUGGAUGCUGCACUCGCUACCAGAGGCACUAGAGAAGAGGGAAAGGACAGUCACCUGCUUUACACACUCCACGUGUAUCAGUAUAGUGUUGGAGGAAAAGGCGCAGUUGCCGGAGGACGCAGCCGCCUGCAUUUAAUCGACCUAGGAAACUCAGAGAGAGGAAAAACAAACGGUGGAAUACCACUAUCUGGUUUAGGAAAUAUAUUACUUGCAAUAUUCAACGGACAAAGGCAUCUUCCAUAUCGAGACCACAAUUUAACACAUGUAUUGAAGGAAUGUUUAGGAUCAUUAACGUGCCAUACUGCAAUGAUAGUCCACGUUUCACCGAAUGCCCAAAACUAUUCUGAUACGUUAACCACGUUACAACUAGCUUCAAGAAUACAUAGACUUCGACGAAGAAAAGUUAAAUACUCAGCCAAUAAUAAUGCAGGCUCUGGAGGAAGCUCUGGUGAAGACGCUUCGAAACCGAGCAGUAGUGAGCCAGACCCAUCCAGUAGCGAUCUCUCAGCUGAUACAGUAAUUUACGUAGGACCUCUGGAUGAUGCGACGGAUGGAGAACAUCCGCCGGUUUAUAUCCCACACAUAAAUUCAGGUGACAACAGAUGCGUGAUGAGCAAGGCGUUACGGGGGUCAGCAGCCGAUCAAAAGCAUAAGUCUACGCUGUCCAAAGUAGUUGAAGAAAAAAGUCCUGUACAUAAAUUACAUUCAUCGCCAAAAGCAUCACCGCUUAAAACUCUUCAACCUAGCCACACCCCAAAAGCGUCUCCUGCACACUCUGCGACGUCAAAAUCUACACCACUUAAAAAAGCAGGUCAAAAACAAUUUUCAGAAGAAGGGAAAAGUAACAGUGAUGAACAAUGGAUUGAUGGUCCCAGAAUAUCAAAAUCUAAACUAGUCGAAGCAAGGCAUAUAAUCAAGGAAACACAAGGAAAGAAACGAGAAACUUGGAUUGAUGGUCCAAUGCAAGAACCAAAAGUACCUAUUCAAUUUGAGUCUGUACCAAUGCAAUCUUUGAAUCCAUUGCCACUACAAAUGGGUAUUCUUGGUGCACACGGAAGUGAAAAUCUUGGUUAUGGGUACAUGGAUAACCAUAAGAAAAAUAUGAUUAGAAAAUGGGUUGAAAAUCAAACAUCACAGAUCCAUAAAUCAAGACACAACUCACCAAGUCACAGAGGACAAGCAGCACAGAAAGAACCUGGAAAAACUGCUGAAGAACCAGAAACAGCCCAUAAGAUGGAACCGGUAACGAAAGAUUCAGUAAGAAGAAUUCAUGUGGAGGAAUCCACGAUAAGGACUGGUUUAAAAGCCGGUUCAAAGGGUAUGGCAAUAGAAGAAGAAAACGUUGGCCCGCCUUUAACUGAUACAGCGCAGAAAAAAUGUCCAAAACCAACUAAAAAUGACAUUGACGAAGAUGAUGAUAGUGAAGAAUUAGCUGAAAUACCACCCGCACUGCCUAUAAUGCAACCAAGUAGUUUAAGCAGUCGAGAAGUUUCUAUGGAGAGUCUAGAUAGUAAAUACAAGGAAAGGUUAAGAAUGGAUGAUGAGUAUGUUUCAAACCACAGUCGGGAUAUUGAUCCACACGGUAUGAGUAGAGGCCCCAAUGAUGAUGAGGAUGAAAUUUUGGAAAUUUAUGAAUUUGAAGAACCUUUAGAGCCUGUUCCGAUGCAGGAUAGCUGUCUUCAAGUAACUGAAGAAGAUAUAGCAUUCUGUAUGGGCCUAUCCGAAAAUCCAUUGCCUGAAGUAGAUCAAGAAGAUUUAGAUGACCACCCGUUGAGAAUUCUCAGUCAAGAAAACUUGACUGUCGCUUCAACUUUCACAGACACUUUGUCACUAUACAGUGAAGUUGAACGUCAAAUUAGAAAUGAAGCUUACCUUAGACAAACUAUAGGAUUUUACGCUGAAAAAUACAACGGGGAACGUGGAUUCGAUCUGAAUCCCCAUGACAGUUUACCCUCAUCACGAUCAAGAAUUGAUGACUUAAUGAGUUUAACUGAAUUGUAUGGCUCUCGUCGAAUGUUAGAUAAUAAUGAAACGUCUAUCACGAGGAUAGCUCCGCAAUUUCAGUCAUUAUCUUUGUCUAAUGUUCGAGACACAGAAGAAUUUGGUGGUGAUGGUUCUGUAUAUAGUGAACCAGCGUAUAGACCUAGUGAUAAAAUAUGUAAUAGUUGUAAACGAACAAUGUCUAGGCCGGGUAGUGCAGUAGGAGAAUGCGAUGCAUAUCAAGAUUUAGAGGCACAUAAUGAUUGUUACGGGCCUUUUGAGAGGUACCGAGGAAAUGACAUAACCGAUGCACGAAUUGCUUCUCUUAGGCAUCCAGAUGGAGCAUCAGACCCUAACUUAAGAGAAGAGAGGGAGAGACGAAUACCUGGUAGUGGUGCUCCAUCGUUUAAAGAGUUGAAGUCAAACUUGCAUCUAGAAGUUACAGCUCCGGUCGUAACCACUGAACCACGAACGGAAAAGAGUGAUAAGGGAAUAGCAAGAGUAGUCGCCAGUUCAAAACCUGAUGGAUAUGACAGCGGUCAUGAGUCUACACCGCGGACAGGCAAACACAGCCCUGCAACGACGUCACGACGAGCUGAAUCAGGUUACGAUUCAGUGCCAAGAGACUCUGACGCGUCUUCUUUAGAUUCAUACCCUACGCGGCGAGCUGCUGUCGCUCGAGCACACGCUAAAAAACACACUACAGCAAAAUACAAACAACAUAGUGACCGAUCCUUCUGCUCAUGGCUACGAAACCCCUUCACAUGCAAGUACGCGGACACAGAUCCAGAAAUCAGUGAUUUUUAGAACAAAUGUAUCAAAAUGUAUUAAAAUUGUAAAAUUCUAAAUAGAUAUCGUUAAGCUACGUUACCGAAUUUAAUCUGGAGACUGCUUUUGUACUCUAGUACUCGUAUUUAUAAAAUAAAUGCUUCAACACUUUCAGGUUACCACUGUAUUUUUCUAGAAUUACGAAAGCUUCUAGCUCUCCGCGCUCUAAAUAUGAUAAUUUAGGUAAUUGUAACACUAUUGUAAAUACAGAUGUUAUGCAAGAUAUGCUAUACCUUGUUAGCGUUUAUCUUCUGCUCAUUUUUGUACUUUUAUACUGUCAACAUGAGAAAUACUUUAUCCCAACGAAUUGAGAAAUCAUUUUAAAGUAGCUCUUGAACUGAGUCCACAAGAAUUGUGGAUUGUUCAAAAGCAAGAUGUCUUCCUCUGUCUUCCCCUGCCUGUGACAAUUUCAUAUCGAGGAAAUUAUUUUCUAUAUCUGCACUGGCACUGACCUCAUUGUAAUGUUAUCCUGCGUUGUUGUUCCAGUCACUUACAAAAUCUUUUUCUAUACCAAUUUUUCACUGUUGAAUGUUUAUAACCGAAAUAGACUUUGAUAUUCCAUUUUGAUUGACUGUACUUCUCUUACAACUAAUGCAAUUUAUGUAAGUGACUAGAACAAAGCGCGUAUGUUUAUAUCAAUGUAACUAAAUCUCGUUUUUAGGAAAUAAGACUGUUGUCAUUUCAUUGGCCAUGUUUUAUAUAGCUUUAACGUUUUGAUAUAUUGUAAUAAUGUAAACGUUGACAGAUUCUAGUCUCGUCGAGACUCACCGCAAUCGUCAUGUUUAUCGAAUGUUGGUGAACUAAGUUAUCGCUUUAUUGUCAAUGUUUUGUUAUCGUACUAUUAAUAUUACAAAUAUAUAUCCUAAAUUCUACUAUGCGUUCGUAUUAGUUUACAAUAAAUUGUUCGAUUUCGAUUAAUUGUGGUUUUACUGACUACUUGCUAGUUCCUUUAGUAUAGGUACGAGAAUUUGGGAAUGAAAUCUAAUACAAAGACCAAUUUUCUGAAGAUACGACUUACGCUAAAUACAAGUAAAACUAUACAUGAAUUCCUUAAAGCUUAAGUAUUCAAAAACAAGCAAGGCUUUAUAAUUAUCAGAUAUUUUAAGAUCUUGGAGAUCCAAUAUUCUUACAAAGUUGUGAAGACGUUCACAAACAAAGAAGGAUUUAAAUACCCGCUUCUUAAAUCGUUUAUGCUACAGUAAAGAGAUCAUCCGAAUAGGAGCUACUACAUUCAAGCACUUUAAAAAAAAACCAUGAAUAAAUAAUGUGAUACCGAGUACUCUCGCGCCCCAGGGAUAGGAAUUUCAAAAUCUUUUGGGGAUAUAAACUUUUUUCCCUCCUCAAAAGUAGAGCAACUUUCCCCUGUUAAGAUGCAGCCCUAUUAUCUUUCAUUUCGCCAGUAAUUUAACAUUCUACGUGCGCUCUGCGAAAAUCAAGCUAUCAAAUAAGGCGUCUACUACGUUUCUACCCUUCGCGGGGGUGACAACUUUUUUCUUGGAAAUCUACCAAUAAUUUGUUAAAGUGGCAGCUGGUUAGCCAUAACGCUUAUCGGGUUCUAAAAGAUUUUAACGUUUUAACAUUGGAUGGGGAAAGUUAUAUUUUCAACGGUAAAGCCAAUAAAUUCCGUAUUUUACGAAGAUUUUUGGAAUUGCCUCGAAAUUGCCGGUUGAGGAAAGCGUACUUUUUAAUGUCAGGAAGUGUGAUCGACUGAAAUUGAGGAAAAUGAAACUAUUGAGAUGGAAGCGAAGAAAGAGGGUGAUAACCACUCUAAAGUAAAUUGCUCUGCUUAAAGUGUAAUCUAGGGAAAUCCGACGAUAAAAAUUUAUGUAUUCUUAGUGAUAUAUAAAUUCGUUUCUUGAAAUUACCAAUAUUGACUAAGGAAGAAAAAGCAUUAGCAUUCUAACAUAAAAUAUGUAGGUGUAAGCAUUUUUAGCUGCUAGCAAAGGCAUUGUUCGUAUUUACCAAAGAGAAACCUUCCUAUAUUGGAUCCACGUUUAUGGACGCUAUCUCUGUUCCUUUUCCCGCCAACAUCCUUAACUAAACGAACAUCCGAUUAUUUAAUAACGCGCACGCUGUCACAUAAUACAGGACCAAUAAGUACAAAAUGCGGAUAAAAAUAAUAGCUUCGAACAAAGAAGGCACACGCGUCGACCGGCGAGCCGCAUCGCACGUGACAAGAACACGAAUAGCGUAAACAUACCAAAAUACCUUAAGCAAUAAUACACCUAAUAACUUAAGAAAUAAAGAUGGUUAUCCUGUGAGCUACAGUAUAUGGCCCCGAAACAUUGGAACGUGAUACAUGCUGAAAUAAUAACAAAACGAAUAGAUAUCAGGGGUAGAUAUAAUGCUGUAUCAAUCCUGACUCAUAUGGGAAACGCUGAAAGUAUAACAUUUAUCAUAAGACAUUAAACCUCUACGGACACAACACAACUGGAAGAAAAACAAAAUAAUGAAAUAAAUGGGGACUAGGAUUACAACUUCAAAAAUCUGGGCAUAAGUAGGUAUGAGUACGUAUUGUGUAAUGUUUUAGUAAUAUACGAUGAAACGAUCGCAUUGGGACCAAUAUAUUCCAAUGACCUGCCUUUGCUAAGAAAACAAGAAAAUAAGGUCGAAAAUUGAAUAUUUAAAUUUCUAAUCACAAUAACCUGCAAAUUCUCCAUCAUAUUAUAAUAUAAAGUAGGUUGGCACCUUCUGGCGAUCCAACGCAGUUCUCGGAUUAAACAAUUCUAGUUUCAAUACAAAAAUAAAUUGAAUUCUUAACAAAAUCGACCUCCGACUUUUCCAUAGAUGGCGAACAAAAAAAUCCAACUUCUACGCCGAAUGUAAAUGGCCAUUUUGACCAGCUGUGUUAGAAAUGGUUAGGGUACAGUAUGGGACAACUUGUAUUGUGUAGCGAGUUUUGUUUCUUGGAAAAGCCCAUCCCAGAAACAUUUCGGCGACGUUGAACGUGUCCCGAAUUCGCAGGCCUAGUUUACCGAACGACACUGUAUGCCUUUCGCGAAGCAAAAAUAAAUUCUGCGCGACCCUUUGAAUAGAUAUUCUUUGUUUAUCCACCAUAAUUUAGAGCUUAGGUCUUGAAGCAAUGGCAGCAGACGACAUUUUGCUUGACUUAGGUUUGUAUAAGCCAAAUGGAACGGUCACAUAUUUAUUUUCAGUGCCUUAAAUAAU